GGGUGACAAGAUUGUAGGUCCCCCGAAUGUUGCCCUAUAGGCUAUGGAUUUACGGACACGAUCUUGGAUUCUCGUCGCUGUCCAGUGUCCUCCAGUGGCUGUCGAAAGGGUUUGGCAACGGUCUAUCACACGAGGCUAAAUAUCCGAUUUCCGCCUCCGAAAUAGGACUUUACCACUUUCACGACUCACGACUCAUUUCAAAUCUCAAUUGCAGGAGGACAAUUAUUGCUCGAAGACCAUCUCGUUCUUUUUUGAGACGAAAACCCCCCGUUUCUGGCUAAUGACUCCCGGUUUCAUCGAUUCUUGUAUGCACAGUUCUCAGCUAUUUCGUGGGGUUUUCGUUCGGGGUAGUUUGAAUGCCAAUCUGUCGGGAUCAAGUCAGAUCUCGCGAGAAGACUUGCAGUACAAACACGAAAUAGCUCUCACGCCGUUGCUCUCCAGAUCCCAUGAUGUUGCAGGGCGUGGCAGACCUCGAUACGUUCAGGUUUGAGGUUCCGGGGCGUUAAAGCAAGCGUUAUCAGCAUAGGUUAAGCACGGUGAGACGAUGUACCAUACAGGGUUUCCCACCUGACUUCAGUUACUUUCAUACCCACCAAUUUAUCAAUAUCAACUUUAGUUUUCAACUCCUGGAAGGAUUGAAUUACUCUUCAUUCUGUUGUGCCUCCAACGCGAAAUUCCUCGUCGAUAACGCGCCAUACCACGCGAAACCAAUCAUCUAUUGCCUCCACAAACUUUUUGAUUGAUUGCUGGGCUUCGAACUCACAAGGUACCAUAUGCACGAUUCUCAGAUUUGCUUUUUUGGCGCGUAUAAAUAGGCCAUACUCGCUGAGUCGACCCUUGUGCUCUUCCACCCCAAUGGUCAGGUCUACGACCAUGGGUCUUGUACACUUUUUUGUUGUCCUACUAUUUCUUUCUGCCACUGGUGUUCAGGCUGUGGUUUCCAUCAAAGAUGCAAAAAAGAAUGCGACUCUUCCUUUCGUCAAGAAUCGAUACAUUGUUGAAGUAGAUUCGAUUUCUGGAAGUGGUUUUCAGCCGGAAACCGCACACAAACGAUUUUACGAAUCUCUCAAGUCGCGCGAUGUAACGUUCGAUGUCAAUAAAGAAUUCAAUUCUCCUGGAAUUUUCGUCGGUGUUUCGUUGACACUUAAGAAUUCUGAUGAUGCUUCCAAAUUAACUACGAUUCCUGGCGUGAAAGCGAUACGUCCACUACGCAUGUUCUCCAGACCUCGCCCUAUAGCUGGUCAUGUCGUGUCAAGUCCAAAGGACUUCGCUUUUCCACCCGACUCCGAAUCGACUCAUGUCCUUACUGGAAUCAUCGGUGCCGACCCGCUCAAGAAUCCGUUCAAUAUUAGUGGGGUGGCCUACUCAGCUUCUCUCUCGGCUUAUCGCAUCUUUGGGUGUGAGGGUAGCACUACUGACGCGGUGAUUAUCGACGCUCUACUACUAGGCGUGAAAGAUGGACAAGACAUCAUGACAUUGUCGCUUGGCGGACCUGACGGCUGGACCGAGUCAAGUUCUUCGGUUGUUGCAAGCAGGAUCGCAGAUUCUGGAAAGGUCAUCACGAUAGCAGCUGGAAAUGACGGAGACUCGGGAUCUUGGUAUUCCUCCGGUCCUGGAAAUGGAAUCGGUGUCAUUUCCGUGGCCAGUUUGGAUAACACGGUUAUAUCCAUACAAACUGCAACAGUUCACGGCGCAACCCAUGAUCCGAUACCAUACUUCGAACUGUUCCCAUUCCCAGUAACGAAUCCGAUCCCUAUUUUCGCUACUUCGAAUGACACCACUGCGGUUGACGAUGCAUGCGAUCCACUUCCAGACUCCACUCCUGACCUCUCCUCGUUCCUGGUCGUUGUGCGCAGAGGCACAUGUUCCUUUGUGCAGAAGUUGACGAAUAUUGCAGCCAAGGGGGGAAGAUUAACAUUCAUCUACGACAACGGGAGCGGUUUUGCUUCAAUUGACGUCGGGGACUUUAACGCCACAUUAAUUCAAGCUGCAGACGGAGAAUUCCUUGUCGAGCAAUUUGCUGCGGGCGUACCGAUAACGAUAACUUUCCCUCAAACUGGAGGAUUGAUACAGUUCCCGGAUCCGGCAGGAGGACUUAUUUCCUCAUUCACGAGUUAUGGUCCCACAAACGACUUCUUCUUCAAGCCGGCAGUUGCUGCACCGGGGGGAAACAUUCUUUCGACGCUACCCAUACCGUUGGGGUCGUAUGGUGUCGAAUCAGGGACAAGUAUGGCGACUCCCUUCGUUGCAGGAAGUGCCGCAUUGUUGCUCCAAGUGAAAGGAAAAUCAAACGACGUUGCCCGCAGUAUACGAACUCUCCUGGAAACAACCGCUGCUGUCGUCCCUUCGAACCACACAGAGGACGCUUUACUGCAAACGGUCACUCAGCAAGGAGCAGGGCUCGUCAAUGUGUUCAACGCAGCGCAUACUACAACCCUCGUAUCGCCCGGUGAACUCAUUCUUAACGAUACGGCACAUUUCCGUGGAGUGCAAACAUUCACAGUCCGCAAUACAGACUCUUCACAAAAGACGUUCAGGCUUACCCACAUCCCAGCUGGGACAGCUGUCACCGUGACCCCAGGAACGAUCUUCCCCGCUGAUGGACCUGUUCCUCUAUCGAACAACUUCGCCAAGGUCGCCCUGAGUGAUACGACAUUCAUGUUGCGCCCGGGCCAAAGCAAGACUGUGACAGCUACGUUUACACCACCUCCAAACGUGGAUUCCACCACUUUCCCUGUUUUCUCUGGGUACAUUCAAAUUUCGGUCAGAGGAGAACCUCCGCUCCAUGUGUCAUAUAUCGGGCUCGCGGCAUCUUUGAAAGACAAACAAGUCGUCGAUAACACUGACGUGUUCUUCGGAGUGAAACUGCCUGUCGUUCUCGAUGCCAACGGUGAUGUUCAGGAAGUACCGACGAAUUAUACGUUCGAUGCAGCCUCUGGGGAUUUUCCGUCAGUUUUCUUACGACUUACCUUUGGAACACCUGUUUUACGAACCGAUUUAGUCGACUCCAAUACCAAUAUUAACACAACCCUCAACAAGCGAGCUUCGUUGGGAGAACCUGCCUUUACGUUCCCUGGCAAACAUUCUGGAGGAACUUCCUUCGAUAAAGAGUCCAGUCUAGGCCCCUUGUUCGAAUUUGACUUUAUUGCUCGUAAUAACGAGAACCCCGAUGACAAUAUUGCCUACCAAUUUCCUAUCAAUACACCAACGUUCGCCAAUGGGGCGACUAUUCCUAAUGGCAGCUAUCGGUUACUUCUCCGAGCUUUAAGAGUCACUGGUGAUCGCGAGAAUGAGUCGGAUUAUGAGAGUUGGUUAAGUCCGAUUGUGGGUGUAUUUGUUCCUUGA